AUGAUGACCGAUAUGGAAGAGGCCGAGGCAAAGAAAUUGCAAUCGGAGAUCGAAAAACGCAAUGGAGAGGAAGACAAAGUGGACUUUAAAGAAGCUGCGAACAAAUUAGCUGAAGGACUUUUAAGUCAGUAUCAGGUGCAAUUAGUACAUGUUCAGAAAAAGCUUGAUGAAGUAAGGAAUAAACAGGAGACUUUAUUAGAUCAGAUGCAAUUUGAAAAUAAAAAACUUCAGGACACCUUCAACGACGAGAAUCUUAACGAAAUGUUUCAAACUAUUAAAGUUAGUCAAGGGAAAUUAGUUUUAAUGAAAAAAGAGAUGGCUUCUAUUCACGACCGGACGCUCAAAUUGAAAAAAAGAGCAUUGAGAUUACAACAAGUAAAACAGAAAGAAGCCUUGACCAAGGAACAACAACGGGAGCAAGAGAUUCGUCGUGAACAAGAACUGAUCGGUAAACCUGUAAUAAGUUAAGGAAUACAAUCUUCCAGUGAAAUAAUCAAGAUUGUCAAAUAUGUACAAAAAGUUAUUGUAUUUAUACAUAUUACAAUAAAACACGUAUCUAAAAAUUCA